AUGGAGGAUUCGAAACUCUUCCAAGAACUAGAACAAUCAAUUCAGGAUAAUCAGAAUUCACCUUCAUUUAAGGGCUCUAAUAAAGUCCUUCAUUUGGCUUUAUCAUAUUUGAACGUUAAACGCCAAGAUGCUCACUGGGUUUGUAAUUCACGAUCGAAGAUUGCUGUACGAGAAUGCUUUUUCCUGUUUUCUUUUCAGGAUGAAAAUGAUUUUUUGACAUGGUUCAAAAAGCAUCUGGAUGAACGCCUUCAAGCUUGCCCUUCCUGCAUACUGAGCUAUCACCAUUUAGUUGAUGAAUUUAAGACUAUAUGCCUCAAUAUUUUUAAUUUUGAGCCAGAUACCCUUUCUAUAGUCCUUGAGAAAAUAUUACAAUGGGAUGUUUCCAGGCUAACGAAGGUUUUGCAACGCAUUCCAAAGGUUGAUUCUAGCACCUCUUCGAAACCAAUUUUAUGCGCUUUUUAUGAAAUACUGUACAAUGUCGAGUUUCUAAAAAAUGAAACCCUUUUUGCGUUGUUUCGAAAGAGGUUUUUGGAGGCCGGAUUUCUUCGAUUAUCUAAGAAGUUGGUCCCAGGGGUCGUCUACCUUUUAUUUUCUGACGAUGAGGCCUUGAGAAAAUGGGCAUUUGGUAUUCUCAACGGUUCUGAAAUUAUCCCUGCAAAUGAAUUCUUAAAUCUUCAAGCACCCUUCCUUGAGGAAAUUCGUGCUAUAAUUAGCAAUGCAGCAAAUGAACGUUUUGUAAAGCGCUUCUUGAAUGGGUUUUCAGCUCUAUUAAAUAAUGUUUCGUCUGAAUAUUUCGACUCUUUGGGAAAACAUGGAUUUGAACCAAUAUCCUUUGUCUUACGCGGAUUAAAUAAAGCACCGUUGGGUCAAUAUUCGUCUUAUGUAAAUUGUUUGCAUUUUUUAUUAAAAUGCUAUAGAACCGUGUUUUGGCGAGCCUCUAAUCUUGAACCUUCUCAACUUAUAAACCUGGUUUUUGACAGCGAAGCUCAUAAACAUUGGUUGGAACAGAUGAUACAGGGAAAUGAAGACUGCGAGAGCGAAAUGUUGAACUGGACCAUACCUUUUUUAAAAUCUAUCUCUUUAGAAAAGCAUAUGCCUAGCGUGCAAAUACUGCUCGAGAAGUGUAAUGUACCUCUGAACGAAGCCAAAGAACUCACGUAUGCAAGUAAUCCUCUGUUUAAUUCUAUUUGUGAAAUUUAUUCUUGGCUUUUCAAUGAAUACUUUGAGACUAUUUCUCAUUGCGAGGAUUCACAAAAAGCAUACGUAGAGUCCUUUCAAUUAAUUAUAUGCUCAAAUUUUGAUGUCUUUUUCUCUAAUCUUAAAGAUUAUGUGAGUCCUUUUGAGCAACAUUCAUUUAGAAAGGCUUUCGAAUAUCGCCUAAAUGUUGAUGUUUAUGCUUUACGACAUACUUAUCGAAAUUACACUCAAAAGCGUAAAAUAAGAAACUUAGACUUGAAAUUUACUGAGAAAUCUUUAUCUGUCUUUUGGAAAAAGUUACUUUCUCUCCUCGUCGAGCGUAGUCAUAUUUUGGCUAAUUCUAUUUUGCGAUCCAUCUCCUCUAUAUAUCUCAUAGACAAGCUUGAUUCGCCGGAAACCAAUGAUUAUAGUAAAGCUGUAGAUUCAUUUUACCAGUUUUUGUCUAAAAUGUUGAUAAUUAUUCAACGUUGGAAUCUUUCUUCUUUGAAAUCUUUGUUGGAUAAUCCUUACAAUUUUUCCGCCUUGCUAGGAUUUCUUUUUUCUCCAAUUUCUGAUAUUUCAAAUAAUGCUUGGACUAUAGUGAAUUUAAUUUCUGUUGCUGAGAACACGAGCGAUGCUAUAGACAAGUUAUUAAAACAUCGAUUUUCCGAUUCACUUCGAGCACUCUCAAAUAUCUAUUCACAAUGGAUCAAAUACAGGGAUUUCAACAGCGUUAAGCGGCUUAUUUAUCAAGGAAAGAUGUUCAUAAAUCGCCUUUUUCACCCUUUAAAUGGUUUAUUACAUGGCAGUAGCAUUUCGUUCAAGGAUGAAGAAAAUUGUAAUGCUUUAAAAGCAUAUUGGGACAAUUUAUGGAAAUUUUUUGCCCAUUUCUUUAUUGUUCUACCAAGCUGGCCGGUAAAGAAAGAAAAGGAUGUUCUUGUUGAUAUAAUGCAUGUAUCGUUAGACUGUUGCCAAAUGCUUAUAAAGAGCUUUAAUCAAGUUUCUGAAUUCAUAAAUGGCAUUGAUAUUUCAGUGUCCCAUUCCAAAUCAGAAGCUAGCGACGAUUCUAAGAAAGCCUUAGCUAAUUCGAUUUUAAAUUCUCUUAUUACACUUUCGUACUGGCUUAAGCUAAACGAUUCCAAUUUAUUAUCUUCAGUGGUUAGAAUUAUUUGUGGUAUGCUGAAGUUAUUUAAUAAUUUAUCUCUGCCGAUCAACCAAAAUACUGUUGAUAUGAUUCAAAAGUCAUCUACAGCUGGGGAUGGAUCCACGAUUCUUGCUUUAUCUGAACGUGAAGAUUUAUUUCUUGCCAUUUCACCUUAUUUACCUGAGCAUUUACAAACAAAACCUUUCCAUUUGACUACAGAAGAAACAUCAAAUGUGGGAGAAGCGGCUUUAACCAGUCCAGAUAUUUAUGUUAUAGAUGAAGAACCCAAACAACAGGAAAUACCUUACUCGAAACUUCAACAAGCUCAUACUAAACCUGUUCCUGCUAAUGAAGACAAAGGAGCAGCAAAUCAUUUUACUCUUUCGUCAAAAAUGUUGUCCAAGCUUGAAAAAAAGAAAGAUACGACUGAACAGCCACAACUCGCUCGCCGAAAUUAUAUUCAAAAGGUGGGGUCCAAACCUGCUAACUUAGGUAUUGGUGAUUUAUCGGAGUUACAGUCACAUAGAGCUUUGAACAAAUUGGAUGCUGUUGCUCCAUUAAAGAAGCCAAAUUUAGAACCUAAGAGGAACUUACAAUUGACUUCAAACGAUGCAGAAUCUUCCGAAUCUGAAUCUGAAUCCGAGUCAGAUUCAGAUUCAAAUAAUAAGGAGAACGAAAACGAUGGACUAUUCUCUUUAAUGCGUGAUGCUUCCAAUCAGAAUAAAACAAAUGCUCCACGCCGCCAGGUACAGCUUUUAGAUAUAAAUUCCUUGAAGACCAACAACGUUGUACAUCCCGCACAACGUCAUAGAGAAGCUCACCAAAGCAUUUAUACCUCUCGGCAUCGUUUGUUUCCUGAUAUUCAAGGUUUUUACAGAAUCCUACUAAGCUGGAACCCUCUGCUCAGUUCUGAAACAGCUGCGGAUGAAAAAAAUUUGAGUUGCCGGAGUAUAGAAACUUCAUACUCGUCUCCAGAAAUCUAUGAAAAAACUUUUAUGCCUUUCUUAUUCAACGAAUGUUGGGCUCAAAUUCGUGCAGCUAUUGAAGAAAGCCAAUAUACACCUUUAGAAUUGACAUUGAAUAGUCGUACCUCGGUUGAUAAUUUUGUUGAAAUAGGUUUUACCUCUAGAACAAUUACUGAGUUACAAUAUCUCAGUGAUACUGACAUAUGCGUGUUAUCCAAGUCAAAAAAACCUAGCUCGCCCGAAAAAAACGAUACAUCAACUCUUGCUAAAAUACAGUCUUUGACAAGAAAAAAGGAAUCAAUUGAUAUUUUUGUUCGUGUUAAUUCUGAUGCAAAAUCCCUUCAAGAAAUGAUUCCGGGUGCUAGGUUCUACUUACAGAAACUUUUUAGUGCCACAACCAGUCUGCGCGAAUACUCUGCGCUAAAGUCACUUUCAUAUAUUAGUCUUUCCAGAGAUAUCUUAAAUGCCAACGUAAUCAAAUCCUUGGAUGGCGCUGACAAUGAAGGUUUAAAAAAAGUCAUGAGUUCUUAUGGUACUAAUGAACCGCAAGCAAAAGCAAUCAGCGCAGCUUCUAGUAGGGAAGGUUUUACGCUUGUACAAGGUCCUCCAGGCACAGGUAAAACAAAGACUAUUUUAGGAAUGAUCGGUGCGAUUUUGACUUCAAAAGGUCAGGGUUUACGAUUUGCCGCCCCUGGGCAAUUGAAUCCUGUUCAACAAAAACAGAAAAAUAGGGUUUUAAUUUGCGCCCCUAGUAAUGCUGCGAUAGACGAAAUUCUAAUGCGAUUAAAAGACGGUGUAUACGAUCAUGAAGGAAUAAAGUUUAUGCCCAAAGUAAUUCGGAUAGGUUUCACAGAAUCGAUUAAUGUUCAUGCAAAGGAGUUUACAUUAGAAGAACAGAUGGCUAAACAAAUGGAAAUCACGAAUCUAAAAAAGCAUGAAGGAUCUUCUGAUUCUGGUGAGCUCAGAAAGAAACAUGACGCUAUUCUUUUGGAACGUAACAAGUUAAGGGAAAGUGUUGAUUCAGUUCGCCAAGCUGGCAAGGAUAGCUCCACACUGGAACUAAAACUUAGGGAAGUUACACGUCAAAAAAAUGCCCUUGAACAAAGCUUGGAUGAAAUGCGCAACAGGCAGCAAAGUGCUAAUAGGAGUAUGGAUGUAGCUAAAAAACAAAUUCAACUUCAACUUCUUCAGGAUGCUGACGUAGUUUGCGCGACUUUGUCUGCUAGUGGUCAUGAAACAUUGCUAAAUGCUAACAUAAGUUUCCCUACGGUAAUAAUAGACGAAGCUGCUCAAGCAGUUGAGCUUAGCUCGCUUAUUCCUUUAAAAUAUGAAUGCAAACGUUGCAUUAUGGUCGGUGAUCCAAACCAAUUACCACCAACUGUGCUCUCGAAAUCUGCUUCAAAAAAUGGCUAUGAUCAAUCACUUUAUGUUCGUAUGUUUAAAAGGAACCCAAGUAAUACUUAUCUUUUAAGCAUCCAAUAUCGAAUGCACCCGGAAAUCAGCAAAUUUCCUAGCCAUUACUUUUACCAAUCGAAGCUAAUUGAUGGACCAAAUAUGGUUUCUGUUGCAGAUCGACCUUGGCAUCACGACGCUUUGUUUGGUGUUUAUCGUUUCUUUAAUGUGGUUAGCAGAGAGUCUAUAUCAAGAUCUAAAUCGUUGUACAACGCGGAUGAAGCAUCAUUUGUCCUUUUAUUAUAUGAGAAACUUUCACAAAACUUCAUCAAUAUAGAUUUUGAAGGAAAGAUUGGUAUCGUUACACCUUACCGAAGUCAAGUUCAAGAACUUCGCUACCAAUUUCAAAAAAAAUUUGGAUCUGUCAUUUUUAAAUACCUUGACAUACAUACAGUAGAUGGUUUUCAAGGACAAGAAAAAGACAUUAUUAUUUUCUCUUGCGUCAGGAGCUCCAUGGGGAAUGGUAUAGGUUUCUUGCAAGACGUACGACGUCUGAACGUUGCUUUGACUAGAGCAAGAUCUUCAUUGUACAUUGUGGGUAGUACUGAACCUUUAAUGCAGAAUGAAGUUUUUCGCAACCUAAUAGAGGACGCCAAAACAAGGAAGUGCUGGAUGCGUGUUACGUUUGAACAGCUGUUGCAUUGGAAAUCCGAUACAAGGAAGGCAAAUUCAAAAUCGAUCAAGGAGCAUAAUAAUGAGGGUGAUGACUUAAUUAGAGAGAAAUCGGAUAGCUUACCACGAAAUGAGCGUUCGCCAUCAUUAACUCCUUAUGCAGAACCGAAACAAGAGAUUAUUAACGCGCCCACUUCUUCAGGCUCAAAUAAUAUUGCUAAAGACAAGGAACUAACUCGACGUCCGGGCAAUGUAAAAAAACCAGAUAUGAUUAACUCAAUAUUGCCCAAGGAUCCGUCUAAGGAAAAGAAGGAAGAUAAGAAGCAGAAAGGGACCGAUGAUUCAAGUAUGCCGCAGAAUAAACGUGAGCGCAGUUUUGGUGACCCGACUGAUAGUAGAAAGCCAAAAAAGCCCAAAGGAGAGAAAAAGCAGGAUGAUGACCAAAAAACAUCUAAAAAGUCGAAGAAACCAAAAUCGAAGUUGGCUUUGGCGGCUAUGGCCCGAGGUUUUCGUCCACCGACUUAG